UCGAGAGACACGCUCCCUCCCUCUGGUUUCAGACUUUCAGUUCCACUAUUCACUCUCUUGUCUCGUUGUGCUUCUCGCUUGCGUUCAUCUCCGAGGUCAGGCUUCAACUCGUGUUUCCCUCAGCAACGGCAGACCUGUUAGCUUUCCUCCAUCCUUCAGAGUUCAAUACUUGAGCUAUCGCUGCUCAAUUUCCCCCCUAUCGCGGCCUGCAGCCCUGCCUUGAGUGUUGGGCACUUCGAAUUGCAUUUUCUUGCGGGUCAAACGUGAUAAUUGGCUACAGUUUUACACCUCAGAAUAUAAUCAAAUCAGGCUAGGCUGGCCUUCCCUUUGUCUUCAAGCUUUGUAUUGAGAGGGAACAGAGUGUCUGGUUUUCUCAUCCACCCUACCUCACUUUGCUUGAAUCAGCUUUCCCAAGUCUCAGAAUGCUUGCAGGUUCAACCACUGGAAGUUUCUUGCAAGUUAAGAAUAAAGUACAAUUCAGAUGGUAUAACCUUCCAGAUCACAGUUUUGAGAGGGGAAAAGUGCAACGUUCCAGAUUGCAGUUUGUGAAAUUUAAAGUUGACUGCAAUUUUAUUCAAUCAGAAAAUGAUCCAAGCUCACAAAAGGUACUUGGAAAACAUCAGCCUUUGGUUAAGAUGUGUGGCAUUACGUCAGCUAAAGAUGCUGCUAUGGCAGCCGAAGCUGGGGCUAAUUUUAUUGGAAUGAUCUUGUGGCCAAAAUCAAAACGUUCUGUUUCUCAAUCUGUUGCGAAGGAGAUCUCAAAAGUUGCAAGAGAACACGGAGCACAUCCUGUGGGUGUAUUUGUGGAUGAUGAUGCAGAAACAAUAUUAAGAAUUUCUGAAGGAGCUAACCUUGAAUUUGUGCAGCUUCAUGGGCAUGGUUCUCGGGCAGCUUUUCCAUCUUUGAUUCAGGAAAAUCGAGUAAUAUACGUUCUUCAUGCAAAUGAAGAUGGAAGCCUGUUAAACACAAUUUCUGAUGAACAAUGCUCUCUAGUUGAUUGGGUGCUUGUAGAUAGUGCAACUGGUGGCUGUGGCAAAGCAUUCAAUUGGGCAAAGUUUAAACUACCAACAAUUAGAAGCAAGCAUGGUUGGCUAUUAGCAGGGGUCAAUCCUGAGAAUGUAUCAGAGGCUUUAUCUGCUCUUACACCUCAAGGGAUCGAUGUUAGUAGUGGAAUUUGUGCAUCAGAUGGCAUCCAGAAGGAUCAAUCUAGAAUAACUUCAUUCAUGAAUGCUGUGCAUUCUGUUCAGUACUGAUUGACCUCAGAUCAUUUUGAACUUCGAGACAGCACAUUUAUAAGAUUUAGGGUUUACUAAGCAGAGUAUACAAUUUUCAUACUGAUUUAUUUACGACUCUGGAACUAGACAAAAAAGUUGAGAAAGUUCCCCAUCAAAUCGAAACGUUGAAUUUUUUUUUUUUUU